CCCUCUGGGUCAUUUCGCCCACCCCUUCGUUCCCGUAAUCGAAUUUGGCACUCACCUGAUAUUAAAGGUUGACAAAAACAAACGUUCACCGUUGGAUGCAUCCGACGGUCCACAAAGUAGCCGGAGAGGGCUUAAGAAAGGGUUUUUCAUCACUGUUUGUGUUUUCUCUCCACAAGACCUAGCUGCACCACAUCCACCACAAAUUGAAGGGUUGCAAGUAUUGUAGCUGAUCAAAUACUAUACUUCUGAUGGCAUUUCCUAAUUCCAAAAUGUACCAUGGUUGCUAAUAGUAAUACAGGAACCUGAUUACUUGGAACACAAAGAGUGGUUUGUUAAAUUCUGGGUCAGCAUGGCUGCCCAGACAAUUGCUGAGACUGCCCAGAAAAUUCUCACCCCUGAAACCCUUCGCUAUGCUGCCAAACAAUCUGCACGUUGCCUUGUUGUCCCUGUCCGUCUCCGCCGUGCCAUUAAGAAAUACCUUCGAGAGCAGGAGGAGCCAUAUAUGAAGAGGAAAGUCUUGAGAUUGUCUCAAACAUUCAAUCAAAUCAAGGAUGUCAAUCUCCAGCUGGCAUCCACCACAGCAAAGAAGAUAGUUGAAGACCCUUUUGAACAAUCAAAACGUUGGAAGAUUACCAGCUCUUAUGGGGACAUUGGUCUCAUAUAUAGAGAUGAAGAGACAAAUGCAUAUGUGGCUUCUCGAAUGCCAGCUGUUUACUCUGCUUGUUACAGAGUACUUAAAGAGGUUCGCAGAAGGCUUCCGGGUUUCUCCCCAUCUAAGGUAUUAGAUUUUGGUGCGGGGACAGGUUCAGCUUUCUGGGCACUGCAAGAAGUUUGGCCAAAAUCUUUAGAAAAAGUUAAUUUAAUAGAACCAUCACAAUCAAUGCAGCGUGCAGGUCGGAGCCUUAUGCAAGGUCUCAAGAAUUUGCCACUUAUUCAUAGCUAUGACAGCAUUCAAUCACUUUCUAAAAGUAUCACUAAAUCAGAGAGAGAGCAUGACCUUGUAAUUGCUUCCUAUGUUCUUGGAGAGAUCCCAUCAAUAAAGGAUCGAAUUACCAUAGUUCGCCAGCUUUGGGAUCUAACACGGGACAUUCUGGUUUUGGUUGAACCAGGAACACCUCAUGGAUCUAAUAUUAUAGCUCAGAUGAGAUCUCACAUAUUAUGGAUGGAAGAAAGAAAGUACCGUAAGUCUUCUCGUAAGAAUAAUGAAGUUUGUAAAGAUUUGAUCACUGAGAAGGCCGGUGCCUUUGUGGUUGCUCCUUGUCCUCAUGAUGGGGCUUGUCCUCUGGUAAAAUCUGGGAAAUAUUGUCAUUUUGUUCAGCGUUUGGAAAGGACAUCUUCACAACGUGCCUACAAGCGUUCGAAGGGUGAUCCUUUACGUGGAUUUGAAGAUGAAAAAUUUUCCUAUGUUGUUUUUAGACGAGGAUCAAGGCCAAGUGAUCCUUGGCCCCUUGAUGGUAUGGAAUUUGAGACUCUGAAGGAGCAGCAUGCAAAAAGAAAUCCAGAGGAUCUUGAAAUUGACUACGAGGACUGGUUGAAGUUGCAACAAUCUGAUGACACUCCUCAUGAAGUAGCUGAUGCAGAAACUGACAUUGCUGAUGAUUUGGAAACUGAUGAUGCUCCUCGUGAAGUAGUGAAUGCUGUAACUUAUGAUUCUGAUGAUGCUGUGGAAACUGAUGGUCCCAUUGAUAGUGAAGAGGACGAGGAAAGGGAAGAAGAAAGAGGCAGUGCUGAUCUUGGAGGUGGCUGGGGCAGGAUUGUCUUCAUGCCUGUCAGAAGGGGUAGACAAGUCACCAUGAAUGUGUGCAGAUCCACCAAAAGGGAUGCCUCAGAGGGUUCAUAUGACCGUAUUGUCGUCACUCGGACCAAGAACCCUACCUUGCAUCAACAGGCCAAAAGAUCUAUUUGGGGUGACCUGUGGCCGUGUUGAAGCAAAAUAAUGUUUGAUGUUAAAUUUAUUUUUGUCAUUUCAUGUUCCCUGUCUCAUGUACCAGUUUAUAAGGGUUAUGCCUUCGAAACUGAAAGAAAAUAAUAACAAGUUCACAUUAUAGAUGGAGUUUUGUUUUGGAAGUAGCUUUGUUAUUAAAUCUCUUCCAAUUUCAUGGAACACGAAUCAAUAGUAGAUAUUCAAAUCAGUUAUCCAAUCUUGUAACAAUCCAAUCAAUGAAAUGAUAAUACUAGCAAUUAGCACUAAA